GCUGAGAUAGGGUAACAAAAUGAACUACUGUAUGCAAGAAAUAUAUGAAGUGCACCCAGCUGCUGGUAGCAAUUGCUACAUGCAGUCCACUGAUUAUUGCACAUAUAUCGAAGAUAAUCAGGGUUACAGCAGUUGUGAUGCUCAGGUCCUGCACAGUAACAACAUAUAUAUGGAACAGGCCUGGGCGGUGAAUCAGCCUUAUACCUGUAGUUACCCUGGAAACGUGUUUAAAAGCGAGUACUCUGACAUGGACAUGGCCCUGAAUCAGUACAACCAACCUGAAUAUUUCACCGAAGAAAAACCUACUUUUUCUCAAGUGCAGUCGCCAUCGUACUCGCAGAAGAAAGGGUAUAUACCCAGUUACUUAGACAAGGAUGAGCUAUGUGUAGUAUGUGGGGACAAAGCCACCGGAUAUCAUUAUCGCUGCAUCACUUGCGAAGGUUGCAAGGGUUUUUUUAGAAGAACCAUUCAGAAAAACCUCCAUCCAACCUAUUCUUGUAAAUAUGAAGGAAAAUGUGUGAUAGACAAAGUAACAAGAAAUCAGUGCCAGGAAUGUCGCUUCAAAAAAUGUAUCUUUGUUGGCAUGGCAACAGAUUUGGUGUUGGAUGACAGCAAGCGGUUGGCAAAGAGGAAGCUGAUAGAAGAAAAUCGAGAGAAGAGACGUCGAGAAGAGCUGCAGAAAACCAUUGGGCACAAGCCAGAGCCAACGGAUGAAGAAUGGGAGCUCAUCAAAAUUGUUACUGAAGCACACGUGGCCACCAAUGCACAAGGAAGCCAUUGGAAGCAGAAAAGGAAAUUUCUGCCAGAAGAUAUUGGGCAGGCACCAAUAGUUAAUGCCCCAGAAGGUGGGAAAGUGGAUUUAGAAGCCUUCAGCCAGUUUACAAAAAUUAUUACACCAGCGAUUACAAGAGUGGUGGAUUUUGCCAAAAAGUUGCCUAUGUUUUGUGAGCUGCCAUGUGAAGACCAGAUCAUCCUUCUGAAAGGCUGCUGUAUGGAGAUAAUGUCCCUCCGAGCAGCAGUUCGCUAUGACCCCGAGAGUGAGACUUUGACACUAAAUGGGGAGAUGGCGGUGACAAGGGGCCAGCUGAAAAAUGGGGGUCUUGGUGUAGUGUCUGAUGCCAUUUUUGACCUGGGCAUGUCUCUUUCUUCAUUUAACCUGGAUGACACCGAGGUUGCCCUUCUUCAGGCUGUUCUGCUGAUGUCAUCAGAUCGCCCAGGCCUUGUUUGCGUUGAGAGGAUAGAAAAGUGUCAAGAGGGUUUCCUCCUGGCAUUCGAACACUACAUUAAUUACAGAAAACACCAUGUUGCACACUUUUGGCCAAAACUGCUGAUGAAAGUGACAGACCUGCGAAUGAUCGGAGCCUGCCAUGCCAGCCGCUUCCUGCACAUGAAGGUGGAGUGCCCCACAGAACUCUUCCCUCCCUUGUUCCUGGAAGUGUUUGAGGAUUAGAGAGACUGGAGCGGUUCUCCGCAGCCCCAUCGCACUACUGGCUGUCAUUUCAUCCCGUUGCCCGGCUCUUCUCACCUCUGUUUGUUCUUCUUCUUCUUUCGUGCUCUUCUGUUUCUUGAGGGGGGGUUGGGUUUUUGUUUGGGUUUUCUUUUGGGGUUGCUGGGGGGCAGUUGUAUACACAUGGAUGAAAACAUCCCUUUAAUGCGGGUACUUGUGACUAUUGCAAUUUGUUCUUCAGUCCUUUGAUGUGAA